GUUACUCGCAUACCAGUGGCCGUGACCCACCAGACCAUCACAGCACUAUGGCUACCGGGCUGACAUCUCAAGACAAGGGCUCCGUGUACGCCAUGUGCUGCCUCUUCCGCCUGCCGCAGCUCUUCUCCACCUGCAUGGCCUUCUCACUUGUGGCUGACAUGGGCAUUCGGAGAGGGGCCCUAGGUAACUGGUCCAUGUCCUUCUGGUGUGUCUGCUUCGUUGUAACCCUCGUCAUCUCCACAGUCGACUUACGUGAGCUCUGGUCCCGCUUUCCUUACUUCUGGAGCAACUUCACCAUCACCUACGCCUGCUACGCCACUCUCAUCUGUCUCUCGGCCUCCAUCAUCUACUCCAUCACCUACGUCCAGUUCCUGCCUUAUGGUCCUUACCGGGACCAGGCAAAUGCUUUCUCCUGCAUCGCAUCUGUGUUUUAUGCCCUGGAUGUGGUCAUGAGAAACUGGUAUGAUCGCGGUGAUGUCACCUGCUACGUGCACACCGUUGCAGGCCUGCUGAAGGUGCUGGAGACCUUCAUGGCUGGUUUUAUCUUCACCUUCAUCAUCAACACCUCCCUGUACCUGCACCAGCCGGCCCUGGAGUGGUGUGUGGCUGUGUACUCCAUCUGCUUCAUCCCAGUAGCCCUGGCCAUCCUGCUGAACCUGGGCAAAUGGCAAUGCAGGCUGCCCAGCCUGUAUCCCAUUUUUCAGCUUGUGCUCAGCCUGCUCUCCGUCCUCCUCUAUGUCAGUGCUCUGGUCCUCUGGGCACUCUACCAGUCCAAUGAGGAGUUUGGUGGACAGCUCCAGCGGUCCAGUGAUAUGGGCUGUAUCAAUGGGCUCACCUACACCCUGUGCUUCUGGGACCGGAAACUGACUGUGGCCAUCCUGACAGCCGUCAACCUGCUGGUUUACGUGGCCGACACGGUGUACUGGGCCCGCCAGAUUUCUGUAGGGACUGGGGGUCAGUCCAGUGCUCGCGAUCCCCUCCACUCACAGGAGGUGUCUUUACAGAGCUCUGUCAGCCCCUGAUGUCCUCUUCCUGGCUCUCCCCUCUCCCUGCCCGCAGUCUUCCCCACUCAUCUCACGCUCGUUUCUGUUUGCUUCCCUCCUGCUCUGGCUCCCUCCUGUCUCGUGUGGUUGCCCACAUUCUGUUUCCCUUCUUUCUCCUGCUUCUUCCAUUUUUCCUACAUUUUUCUACCGUUUGCCCCUUUCCUGGUCAUCCCUGCUUUUCUCAUCUCCUGUGUCCUGACCGCCUCUCCCCAUCUCCCUUCUCCUGAUCAGAGCAGCCUGGUGUAAACCAAGCUCCCACUCAAGAUCAAAUUCAAAACUGAGACAGAAAAGACUGAAAAUAACCCAGGUGUUCAUCUUUAGGAUGUGGAUUAGUAAACGAUGAUGUAGUGAAAGAGGGAUGCUCUGCAGCAGUGACAGGGACAUAUCUCCUG